CAGAACGCAGAUUUUGGCUUGUGCGUCUAAGUACACGCCCAUUUGCUAGCAGAGCACUGUUUGAGCUACCGGCAGUGAAGAAAGUGAGUGUAAAGAAAAAAUGAGUGGAAACGACGAACUCGAACUAUCUUCCAAAGCUGAGGAAAUUGUUGACAAAAAAGAUGUCCUGCAAAGAAACUUGAAAGUUUUGUCAGCAGGAUUGAGGACUUAUGAAGUGCCACCAGACUUCAGUGAUGUGGUUUUACCUGACAGGCCUAAACUGAAAUUCCUCAAUAAGGUCCCGAACUUCAAAAAAGCUAAGAAAGAGAUGAAGAGGUUGCGUGACAUUCAGGGACCAGCCAAAGCGGCAAACACCUUUAACAAGGGACAGUAUGGUAUUGUGGCUCUGGGUGGCGGUUACCUGCACUGGGGUCACAUGGAGAUGAUGCGGCUCACUAUUAACCGGCGCAUGGACCCGCAGACAACGUUCGCUCGCUGGCGCAUUAAUGCACCUUACAAGCCGAUCACACGUAAAGGACUCGGUCAGCGCAUGGGUGGGGGCAAAGGUGCCAUCGACCACUAUGUGACUCCGGUGAAAUGUGGUCGGCUGAUAGUAGAGGUCGGAGGUCACGUUGAGCUUGGUGAGGUUGAGGCAGUGCUGACUGAGGUUGCCAAGAAGCUCCCCUUUCCUGCCAAGGUUGUGAGCAGAGAGAGUUUGGCAGCAUUGCAGCAGGAACAAGCCGAGAGAGAAUCCAACAAUCAAAACCCCUGGACCUUUCAGAGAAUCGCCCAAUCCAACAUGCUUGGCAUUCGCAAAGUCCUUAGUCCAUUUGACCUACACAAACACGGACGAUACACUGGGAAAUUUUUCAACCCUGAGAGAGUGUAGAUUUCUUUCAGAGAUAACAUCGCAGAACUUUAUCUUGUAAUGUCAAAGCGUAGCUGAUGACAAACUCACUGGUGAGCUCUGAGACGGAUGUGGUGAACUAAUAUUCAGAAUGUUUAUUAUAUGUGUGAGAUUGAUAUCGCUUGCUUUUUGUGGUCAUAACAUGUUCUGGUAAGGGGUUUGCAGCCUUGAUAAUGGAGGUGUUAAACAGAGAGUUUACACACAAAUGAAAAUUCUCUUGUGAUUUACUCAUGCUAUCCCAGAUGUGUAUCUUCUUCUGCAGAACACAAAGAUUUUUAGAAGAACAUCUCAGCUCUGUAGGGCCAUAUAUUGCAAGUGAAUGGUGACCAAAACUUUGAAGCUUUAAACAGCACGUAAAGGCUGCUUGACAUUGCAGUCUCUAGACACAAUCACAAUUUCAAGCUCAAUUACACUUCUUAGUGCUUGAGGCAUGCACAGAGCACUAAAUGGUGCUAGUAAGUGUAAUCGAGCUUGAUAUCGUGAUAGAUAAGGAGACUGCUGAUAUCUGGAUAUAUAGUGAAAAGGAGUUAUAUUUUGGUCUGUUCUCAACCACACCAAUCAUAUCACUUCUGAAGACAUGGAUUAAACCACUGGAGUUUUAUGGAUUACUUUUAUGCUGCCUUUAAGAGCUUUUUGGAGCUUCAAAGUUUUGGCCAGCAUUCACUUGCAUAGUGAGGAACUACAUAGCUGAAAUAUCUACAACUCUGUGUUCUGCAGAAGAAAGUCUGUCAUACACAUCUGGGAUUGCAUUAGGAUGAGUAAAUGAGGGAAUUUUCAUAUUUGGGUGAACUAUUCCUUUAAUGUCCUAAUAUUUUAACAGCAGGGCAGAAAUUAUAAAUGCGAUUUGUAUAUUUUCUGUUGCCAUUGUUGCAUUCAAUUAUCAAAUUUCAAAAUUCCCAUGUAUUUCAUAAGAAGAAUAAACCUUUUGCUUUUGAGUUCUUUGUCUUGUGCACAUGGGCAUUUAUUUUAUUUUUUUACAAUAUCUCACAAUGCAAUGUGCUUGACUAAACCUUCAAUAUCUUGUGUGAUGAAUGAAUCAAUAGUAGUCACUGUUAUUUUUAACAUCUUAUGUCCAUUUCAUCGUAUUGCUAAAGUCUUAAGAUCUUUUUAGACAAAUUUGAAUUUAAAAAAAGGCGUGUGUGCUCACAAAAUAUACACAAAAUACUAUUUGCUGUAUGUAUGCCAAAGUUCUACGUGAAGUUUGUCUUCUGCAGGAUUUUCUUGUUGUUUUGAAAAGUAAUCUGUUAAACAUGCAAGUAAUUUAUUUUCUGUAUUGUCUUAAAAGGUAGUUUUGCAAGGUACUUACAAAGUUACAACAACAUUGAAUUUCAUAAAAUCAUCAGGUUCCAUAUUUUACCCCCAAACCAAAAGAAAAAAAAGAAGUCACGUUUUGCUUAAAGAAAAUGAAGCCUUUUUAAGGA